AUGGCCGCUCAAGUCACUCCCUCCAAGCAGGCUGCCUCCUCGCUCGAGAACCUCAAGAUGAGCGAUUCACCUGUUAAGAAGCUCGACUUCCAGUCGGUUGGCAAGGAGAACGCGUCUCUCAAGCCCGUCGACACCCCCAUUGAGAAGCCCACCGAGAAGGCUGCGGACAAGCCUCUUACCAUUAAAGAACUUGAAGCCACAGAGCCCCUCCUCCAGGAGAACCCCCACCGUUUUGUCAUGUUCCCUAUCAAGUACCACGAAAUCUGGCAAAUGUACAAGAAGGCCGAGGCCUCUUUCUGGACUGCUGAGGAGAUUGAUCUCUCUAAAGAUCUUCACGACUGGCACAACCGCCUGAACGAUGAUGAGCGUUACUUCAUCUCCCACGUCCUGGCUUUCUUCGCAGCCUCCGACGGUAUCGUCAACGAGAACCUUGUUGAGCGUUUCAGUGGAGAGGUCCAGAUUCCCGAGGCCCGUUGCUUCUACGGCUUCCAGAUCAUGAUGGAGAACAUCCACUCCGAGACCUACUCCCUGCUCAUCGACACCUAUAUCAAGGAGCCCAAGCAGCGUACCUACCUCUUUGAUGCCAUUGACACUAUUCCCUGCAUUACCAAGAAGGCCAACUGGGCCAUCCGCUGGAUCAACGACCGUGAGUCAACAUUCGCUUCGCGUCUGGUUGCCUUCGCCGCAGUCGAGGGUAUCUUCUUCUCUGGCUCAUUCGCCUCCAUCUUCUGGCUGAAGAAGCGUGGCCUGAUGCCUGGUCUCACUUUCUCCAACGAGCUGAUCUCUCGCGACGAGGGUCUCCACACUGACUUCGCUUGUCUGCUGUUCUCCCACAUGAACCACCGCCCCGACCCCAAGAUUGUUGAGGAAAUCAUUGUCGAGGCCGUUGGAAUUGAGCAGGAGUUCCUGACUGAUGCUCUUCCUUGUGGCCUGCUUGGCAUGAACUCCAAGCUGAUGUGCGAGUACAUUGAGUUCGUCGCUGACCGCCUGCUGGUGGCCCUCGGCAACAAGAAGUACUACAACGCUGUCAAUCCUUUCGACUUCAUGGAGUCCAUCUCUCUCGCUGGCAAGACCAACUUCUUCGAGAAGCGUGUCGGUGACUACCAAAAGGCUGGUGUCAUGGCCAGCACCAAGCAGGAGGUCAACGCUGAGGGUGAGAAGGUCGAAAGCGGCGGUCUCAACUUCGAUGAGGACUUCUAG